UCAGCUUUCCAUUAACUCUUCGGUAAAUGUGAGGGCGAUGUAUGGUUUCUCCUUCAUUCUUCAAAUGGUGCAGUGCCUGGCACAGAGCCAAUAUCUGGACGAGUACAUUUUCAAAGUGGCUGAAGGCAUCUCUCCACACCAUGGGAACUUGGUUGUGGGCACCCUGGAGAGCAUUGCUGGCGUCACCAAAUUACUGGUUGCAUUUCCUAUUGGUUGCGUAGUGGAUUGGAGACCUGCCAGUCGAACCCGGCUUGCUUGGGUGGCCUUGGGUCUCGGUUGUCCCACAGUUGUGAUUGGUGUGCUGGCGAUUCUCAGUGGGCGGCUGUGGAUGCUGACCAUCAUGCAAGUGGCAUUCGUGAUCUUUGCUGAGUUCGCUAGCUGUCUUGCCAUGGCGAUCUUCACGGACAGCCUGGCGUCGCGGAGCCUGGAUCAACGGACAGCUGCCUUCGCCAACGUCCAGGUCUUUCAAAACUUGGGGACGGCUGCGGGCUCUGCCACCUAUGCCUUGACUUUGCUCUCCUUUCAGGCUCCUGAAGACUGGACGGGCUUCCAGACCAAGUCAGCUCUUUUGGCCGGUUUUGCUUUGCUCGUCCCUGUGAUGCUGUCUCUGUUUGCUUUCCCCCAAGCUCAGAAAGAGUCAAAGGACCUGCCAGCCGAACAACCAGAGAUCCAAACAGAGAUCAAGACAGGGAGAGCUUGGGUACCCUAUGUGGUGCUGUUGGCACUGUUGAUUCUUGCACUGGCCGCAGGGAUGGUCUUCAAAUUUUUCCCCCUCUUCUUCAUCAACAUCUAUGGCAUGUCUGUUGUCCAGAUCAGCGUGGUUCAAGCCAUUGAGCCCUUGGUGAAGGCUUGCUUCACCUACCUGGUGGGUGUUUGUGCUCCGGUGGUUGGUCGAGCCAAAGCCACCAGUGUCUGUAUGGUCGGGGUCAUUGGAUGCCUCCUUGGCCUAUCGAUACAAAGAGAGGAAGGAACGCAUCUGUUAUCAUCAUUGGCUCUCUUCAUGUUCCGAGGAAGCCUUGCCCAAGCAUCUUUUGCUCUUGCUUGGGCAAUCUUGAUGGAUUGCGUACCUGCAUCCCAGAGGGGCAGAUGGAGCAGCAGCUGUACCGUAUUGAACAUGUCCUGGAGUGGGGCCGCCGUGAUUGCUGGAGAGCUGUUGGACAAGCACGGCUACCAAUACACUUUCUGCAUAGCUGCAGGGCUCUGUGCAGUGGCUCUAGUCGUGUUCUCGCCUCUCCUCCUCCUAAAACCCCAGAGACUUCCAUCCGAACCUGUCGAAGUUUCGCCCAAUGCAAAGGCUCAUAAUGCUCCAAAAUUCGAAAGAUUCGAAAGUGGAGCUGCAGAGGUGGUGGUUGUGGUGGAUCCAUUCUCCACUGGAGGAUUUUUGGCAGCAGAGCUAUUGAGCCAAGGCUGUGCCGUUAUCGCGCUGUGGACCAAGGAAUCCAAUAUCCGGUAUCACGAUUAUCCGAAGAUUUUCGAUCCCAGACAACUCUUGGCCGAGCUGGACGAAGAGCCAACCGUGGAAGCCACAGCAGCUCGACUUCGCGAGGUGGUUGAUAGCGUUGAUAGCGGUAGCUUGGCAGCUGUGAUUUGCGGAGGCGACAGCGGCGUCAACGCCGCAGAUGCCCUGAGCGAAGCACUGGAUUUGCGCGGCAAUGGCGGCGGCCAUGGCAAUCGUCGAGACAAAUUGGUGCAACACCAGGCGUUGGAAGCAGCCGGUCUGAGAUUUGCACGCACAGUGAGCGGAACCACAUGGGAACAGGUCGCUGCAUUUGCGGAGACGGAGCAAUACCCUUUGGUUGUGAAACCCAUCGAAUCAGCUGGUGCAGAUGGCUUUAAGUUGUGUGACUCCAUGGACGAGGCACGUGAGCACUUUGACUUCUUAAACAGUUCCGGUCGCUGGUGUGGUGCACAAGGCCGCGGUGUUCUGUUACAAGAAUUUCUCGAGGGAACAGAGUACAUAGUUGAUCACGUUUCCUGUGAUGGGGUGCACAAGACGACCAUGCUGUGGAUGUACGACUUCCAGGAAGUCAACGGGCAUCGUGUUUGCAUUGCACAGAGGCCAGUCCCUUGUGAUUCGUCUGCGAUGGCGGAGCUUGUUGCCUAUACGCGGCAGUGUUUAAACGCCUUGGGUGUCCGGAACGGUGCAACCCAUACUGAAGUGAUGUGGACCUCGGGCGGACCUUGCCUGGUGGAGGUGAACUGUCGAUGUCAGGGUGGCACGGGCUUUUGGGUGCCCCUGUGCCGAAAGAUGACUGGCUACAGCCAAGUUGAUGCCGUCAUUGGUGCCUACCUGAGACAGGAGGCUUUCGAUGCACUGCCCAACACGCCGACAUUUUUGAUGUUUGGCGACAUCAUUCACUUGAUCUCCUACGAAGAGCGUCUCAUCACUGAUACGGCGAUGCCAGGGCUUGAGGCUGUCCGUGGCUUAUCAUCGUUUACAGAUGUUGCCCUGAAUGUGGAGCUGGAUAAAAUGAUGUGUAAAACAACCGAUUGGAACACGCUCAUUGGUGUUGUGGCAUUGUGCCAUCCCGAUCCAGCUGUACUUGCUGCUCACAUUUGCUUGAUUCGAAGCAUGGAGACGUGACGCUUGAGCGAGGAAAAAUACACAGCGCCAGUACCACGACAGGAACUUCCGGAACCAACUUCGCUCACAAAACCAGCGCUGCCUGCAGCUAUCUGCAGCUGCCUGUUCUGCUUGCUGCUUUGACUCCAAAAGCAUUGCCACAAGACGUGCGAAAAACACUUCUACAAAUCAGAGCUGCCUCCAGCAACCUUACCACUGCAUAUUUAGCCAUCAAAAGGUGUGUUUAUCUUGAGGCCCAGUAGGUGGCCAGGUACUUGUGCACAACCCUGUGGACCUUUGUACAGGUUGCGGUCCAUGCUUUCAGUCGAUGCAUCUAGCACUGGAAGGAAUGAACUUUUAAGGGAGUGCUGCCUGCCCUGGUCGCAGGACACGCCCAUUUCCUUGUCUAGGUCUAGGUGUGUUGUUGCAUUUUUCCCAUUUUUAUCAGUCUACGGAUUGACACGGUCUCUUGAGCAUUCCUCCUCCAAAGUUGGAACAUUGGGUUGAACAUGAAACAUGCGAUAAAAAAA